CCCUGCCGAGAUCGCAAUGAUAUACUGGGGAGGACCCUUAUAAAAAUAUUGUCAUUUAGAUCAGCACAACUCGAACUGCAUCUUCUUCCCAUCUUUCGACCAUCGACGACCAUCGACACAUCAAACUCAUGCCACCCCAAAGGCACAGUUUCACCGCCCUCAACUCGACCUUCGUCGUCGACUCCGAGUAUGAGUUUGUCAAGGAGCUCGGUCAAGGCGCCUAUGGGUGUGUUAUUGCUGCACGGCAUCGUCGCUCGGGGGAGGGUUGUGCGAUCAAGAAGAUCACCAACAUCAACACAAAGCGCAUAUUGACAAAACGGUGCCUUCGCGAGAUAAAGUUGCUACACCACUUCAGGGGUCAUAAAAAUAUUACAUGUCUCUAUGACAUGGAUAUCGUAUUUCAGCCGAACGGAAACUUCGAUGAAGUCUACCUCUAUGAAGAACUCAUGGAGGCGGAUCUCCACGCGAUAAUUCGCUCAGGACAACCGCUCACAGAUGCGCACUUCCAGUCCUUCCUGUACCAGACUCUUUGCGGUCUGAAAUAUAUCCACUCCGCUAAUGUUCUCCACCGUGACCUGAAACCCGGAAACCUCCUUGUCAACGCUGAUUGUGAACUGAAGAUUUGCGAUUUCGGUCUUGCACGAGGUUACACUCCUGGCGGAGGCACAUCUAAAUCUGCUGGUAACCAGGGCUUCAUGACGGAGUACGUCGCCACCAGAUGGUACCGGGCUCCUGAGAUUAUGUUGAGCUUCGCCAACUAUACGACUGCGAUUGAUGUCUGGUCUGUGGGUUGCAUCCUUGCAGAGCUCCUGGGGGGAAAGCCGAUCUUCAAAGGGAGAGAUUAUGUCGACCAAUUAAAUCAGAUCUUACACUACUUGGGCACGCCGUCCGAAGAUACCCUCAGGCGUGUCGGAUCUCCUCGCGCCCAAGAUUAUAUCCGGUCUCUUCCCAUCAAACCCCGAGUCCCAUUUGCGACCCUUUACCCACAUGCAAACCCUUUGGCCAUCGAUCUCCUUUCUCGCAUGCUUUGCUUUGACCCUGCCAAGCGUAUUAGCUGCGAAGAUGCCCUUAGACACCCUUACCUCCAAGUGUGGCAUGAUCCUGCUGACGAACCUCUUUGCCCAUCAAAAUUCGACUUCUUCUUCGAGGAAGAAGACUCCAUCGAGGGCAUGAAGAGGCUAAUCGUGGAAGAAGUCAACAGCUUUAGAGCAGAAGUCCGACAGCAGGCUAGGGCUGCGGGUCAGAUUCGCAGACAAGACAGUCUUCCAAUCCCCACUCGCGAGGAGAUCCUCAAUUCUCCCGUUGUGGAAAGCGGUCCGACUGCUGAUGGGUUCUACCAACGCCCGCCGUCGCCAAUUAUGGACGACCCUAGUCAUGAACUUGAGAGGGAGCUUGCAGGCACGCAUCUAGGGGCACGAUGAAGUUAUUCUGGAAUUUCGCAGAUACAGAUAUAAUGUUGGAUUAUUGAGGAAAAAGUCGAAUUACAACAAAAC